AAAGAAAGUAAAAAAAAAAAAAAUCAGUUUCCUUUUCUCUCUGUUCUCACUUCGUAUAUAAAGAGUUUGAAUUUUUAUUACAAAACAUAAUUUUGAAAUCAUGGGUAAUUAUGGUGAUAAAAGAAGGGGAAAUGUUGCGACUAGGGCCAUAUUGUUGGGUCUCUACGGAAUCAUAAGCAUUGUGUGUGUGAAUGGUACAUUCAUAAACUACAAAGAAGCCCUAACCAAAUCCCUCAUCUUCUUGGAGGCUCAAAGAUCAGGGAAACUCCCUACUAACAAUAGGGUUCCAUGGAGAGGUGACUCUGCUCUCGAUGAUGGCAAACUCUGUAAUGUGGAUUUGUCCGGAGGGUACUAUGACGCAGGAGACAAUGUAAAGUAUGGUCUUCCAAUGGCGUUCACGAUCACAACGCUGGCUUGGUCUACCAUUACCUACGAGAAAGAAUUACGAGCUACGGGAGAGCUCGAAAACGCUCGUGCCGCUAUCCGUUGGGGCACAGAUUAUUUCCUCAAAUGUUCUUCUCGUAAGAACCGCCUAUAUGUUCAGGUUGGUGAUCCGAACGCCGACCACCAGUGUUGGGCGAGGCCCGAGAACAUGCAGACGCCAAGGACAAUUUUGGAGAUUAGCGAUAAAGUUCCUGGAACGGAGAUCGCGGCUGAAACCGCUGCUGCAUUUGCCGCUUCUUCCAUCGUUUUCCGCCAUGUCGACCACAAAUAUGCCCGCCAGCUCCUCAACAAAGCCAAAUUGCUUUUCAAGCUAGCCAAAAGCCACAAGGGUACAUUCGAUGGAGAAUGUCCCUUCUAUUGUUCCAACUCCGGUUACAAUGAUGAGUUGAUAUGGGCGGCAACAUGGCUAUACAAGGCGACGAGGAAGGAGGUGUUCCUUAGCUACCUCAAAUUCGAAGCCAUAAGUGCUUACGUCGCUGAAUUCAGUUGGGACCUCAAGUACGCUGGUGCACAGAUCCUCAUCACCAAGUUGAUCUUCGAAGGUGCAAAAGGACUUGACCUAUACAAACAACAAGCCGAUAGUUUUGUCUGUUCUAAUCUCCCCGAGAGUCCUUACCACCAAGUCUUCACUACCCCAGGUGGUAUGAUUCACUUGAGAGAUGGAGCCAACAGUCAAUACGUCACCUCCACGGCAUUCUUAUUCUCAGCGUACGCUGAUAUACUUCAGGAACACAACCAAAAGAUCUCUUGCGGAAACAAGCAAUUCGAUUGUUCGCACCUCAGGGCUUUCGCUAAGAAACAGAUUGACUACUUACUAGGACAUAACCCAAGAGGAAGAUCGUACAUGGUUGGGUUCGGACCAAACCCGCCAAAGCAAGCCCACCACAGAGGAGCCUCAGUGCCCAUGCAUGAAGCCAACGCACCGCUAAGCUGCCCAAUGAGCUUCGUCAAAUGGUACAACAAGAACGUGCCUAACGCUAACGAGCUCACUGGAGCCAUCUUGGGAGGACCUGACCGUCAAGACAACUUCCAAGAUUUGCGAUGGACCUCCGUGUACACAGAGCCUUGUACUUACAUCAACUCUAUCGCCGUUGGUGUUCUCGCCAAGCUCGCUGCCUCGGCUUAGAGAGCCAUUUAUAUCACAUUCGGGACCACUUUGAUGAAAGUAUUAUUCUAGGGUAUCCCUUACCUGCUAUAAUUGCAUACACAUGCAUGUGGGCAUGCAAUGUAAUCCUAUUUUUCCUUUUCUUUUGCUUUUGUAGGUAGCUUUUUGGAAUCAUGUUUUCUCCAAUAUAAUUAUUGCAUGGGUAUAAGAAUAAGCCCUAAUGAUUUGAAACAAUAUUUAAGUGAACUUAAUGAAUA